CCGCAUUUGCCUGGGGGAAGAGGCGGGGCCCGGAGCGGAAGCGGAAGCGGGGUGCCAGUGUGGGACUGGCUUGGGCCUGUGCGGGUGGCAGAAGCAGCGGCUGGGCUGGGCUUCGCACGGUGGCGCCCGAUGGCCUCCGCCAGCAUCGACAUCGAGGGCGCGACUCAGCACCUGCGGGAUAUUCUCAAGCUGGACCGGCCGGGCGGUUCAGUGAAUGAAAACCAGAGACCAUCCAGUUCCUACAACGGAGACCUGAAUGGCUUGCUGGUGCCAGAUCCUGUUGCAGCUGUAGAUGGAGCUCCUUCGGCCAAGCCAGUUCCCCAAACAGUUCCUUUGGGAACACUGCAAGAGAAGCAGGUCAUCUGCCUCUCUGGAGAUGACUGUUCCACUUGUAUGGUGAUAACCGCCAAAGAUGUUGAGAUAGUAGCCAGCAGCGACUCCAGCAUCACCAGUAAAGCUAGAGGGAGCAACAAGGUAAAAAUCCAGCCAGUGGCCAGGUAUGAUUGGGAACAGAAAUACUACUACGGCAACCUGAUAGCUGUGUCAAAUGCCUACCUGGCAUAUGCCAUCAGAGGUGCCAGCAAUGGCUCUGCCAUGGUCCGGGUCUUGAGUGUCAGCACGGCUGAGCGGACUCUGCUGAAAGGCUUCACAGGUGGUGUGGCAGACCUGGCUUUUGCCCAUCUUAACUCCAAUCAGCUGGCUUGCUUGGACGAAGCUGGCAACCUCUUUGUCUGGCGCCUGGCCAUGAAAAAUGGGAAAAUCCAAGAGGAGAUUUUGGUGAACAUCAAGCGACCAGAUGAGACUCCUCUGAACAGCUUCCGCAGGAUCAUAUGGUGUCCCUUCAUCCCAGAGGAGAAUGAGGAGAGCUGUGACGAAGGCAGCCAAACUCUGGCACUGUUACAUGAGGAUCGGGCAGAGGUUUGGGAUCUUGAUAUAAUCCGAGCCAGUCACAGCUCAUGGCCAGUGGAGGUGACUAACGUCAAAGAGGGCUUUAUUGUGGUGAAAGGACACAGCACAUGCCUGAGUGAGGGAGCCCUUUCCCCAGAUGGAACUGUCCUGGCCACAGCAAGCCAUGAUGGCUAUGUCAAAUUCUGGCAGAUCUACAUAGAAGGGCAGGAUGAACCAAGGUGCCUUCAUGAAUGGAAACCCCAUGACGGCAGACCCCUCUCCUGCCUCCUCUUCUGUGACAACCAUAAAAAGCAAGACCCAGAAGUUCCUUUUUGGAGGUUCCUUAUUACAGGAGCAGAUCAGAAUCGAGAGCUGAAAAUGUGGUGCACUGUAUCGUGGACCUGUCUGCAGACUGUCCGAUUUUCUCCAGAUAUAUUUAGCUCCAUGAGCAUCCCUCCCAGCCUGAAGGCCUGCCUGGAUCUCUCAGCUGAAUACCUGAUAUUGAGUGAUGUGCAGAGAAAGGUCUUGUAUGUGAUGGAACUGGUGCAGAACCAGGAGGAGGGCAAAGCUUAUUUCAGCUCCAUCUCGGAGUUCCUCCUGACCCAUCCCGUCCUGAGCUUCGGCAUCCAGGUGGUCAGCCGCUGCCGGCUGAGGCACACGGAGGUCCUGCCAGCGGAAGAGGAGAGCGACGGCCUGAAUGCAGAAGGCACUCAGGGUACCGGAGCUGUUGAAUCAGCUGCAGGCGUCCUAAUCAAACUCUUCUGUGUCCACACCAAGGCCCUUCAGGAUGUACAGAUCAGGUUUCAGCCUCUUCAUAGUCCAGAUACAGCUGCUCCAAUACCUCCCCAUGGCUCCCAUGAAGAUUUUGCAUUCCCCGACCACCUGGCUGAUCUGGGUGCAGAAGGGCUGGGAUCAGAGAAGGGAUCCAUUCACGGCUCGCAGCCCGACUUGCGUCGUGUUUCGGAGUUGUCUAUGCCUGUGGACUUCCUCUCCCCUCCAAAUGACAUGAAACCCAAGCUGAUGACCCCAGAUGCAUUCAUGACUCCCAGCACAUCCCUGCAACAGAUCACAGUGUCGCCUGGAAGCAGCAUCAGUUCCCUCACAGCAGUCACCGCCUUGAGCAGUUCUUCGGCCAACGAGCCCGCCAUUCCCAGGCCUGCCGAAGACGUGUCUUUGAGCCCAAAGAUGCAGCUGGACGCCAGCCUCGCCCUGAGCGGCAGCAGUGGAAGUCUGCAGACGAGUCCUCGGAACCAUGGAGUCCUCCUCCCCGGCCUCCCCGAUAAGCUGACCCCAAAGGCCCCUGUCUCAGUUUCCCCAGGGAAUCCUCCUCUUGCUCUGGAGCGACAGGAAGUGGAACCUCUGGUGCCUCAGUCUUCCCCAACCCGCGAGCGCUCCCCGGACGUCAUUUCCUCGGCCUCGACUGCCAUGUCCCAGGACAUCCCGGAGAUCGCAUCGGAGACCCUGCAGCGCAGCUUUGGGGUGGCCCCCUCUGUGCUCCCGGCGGAGGUCCUGGACCCCAACCACCACGCAGACAGCAUGGCUUCUGCAGCGUCAGCCUUGCACUUGUUGUCUCCGCGCAACCGGCACAGCUCGGAGCACAGCCAUCACUCCUUGGACAUGGCCCCUGCCGAGGUGGACAUGUUGACUGCCCCCUCGCUCCUGGAGGCGGCCUUACCUCAGGAAAACGUGACUGUGGACCCGGGUGUGAGCCAGCCCUGGCCAGCUGCCCCGGACAUCACCAGAGAGACCAGGAACAGCAUAGCAGACAGCCCCAGGAAUGAUGCCGUAGAGCAGCACAAGAGCUCUUACCACAGGCACAGCUACCACCUCCUACAGCACGACAGUCAGGAUGCCAGUGCUGAGCAAAGCGAUCACGAUGACGAAGUUGCCAGCUUGGCUUCUACGUCGGGUGGCUUUGGUGCCAAAGCAGUUGCACAGCGCUUGCCUGUGAAGGACUGGAAGGCCAAGGUGUCCCCUCGCGCAUCCCCGAAACUCAAGCGGAAGGGGAAGAAAGACGACGGUUCCAGGGAUGUGACACAGUCCCCGCGAUCCUUUGACCAGCAGGUUGCUCCUGAGUACCAGGACGAGCUGAUGUGUCUGCUGAGGAACCAGCAGAGAGAGAUUGUGGAGCUGAGGCAGAACCAGAGGGAGCUGAUGCAGAGGCUCACCGACCACCUGGACGCUGUGCAGAGCUCCCUGAUGGGUCACAUCGAGCGAGUGAUGGACACCCAGCAAGAGCAGGAGCAGCGGAGGCUGGACCAGGCCCUAGCUGAGGGACAGCAGCGCAGUCGGCAACUGCAGGAGCACCUGUCCCAGCAGCUGUCCCAGUCCCUCUCCACGGCUGCCUGCAAUCGGCUGGAGAGGACCAUCCGCGAGGAGAUGAAGAAGACCGUGCCUCCGUGCAUUUCCAAGACCUUGGAUCCUGUCACUGGGCAGCUGAGUAACACCAUUGCAACCAAGCUUACAGCCAUUGAGGGGACGCUGAAGGAGAAUGUCACCAAGCUGGUGAAAUCCAAGAACCUUACUGAUGCCAUUGCCCGGGCAACUGCUGACUCCUUGCAAGGCCCCAUGCAAUCUGCAUACCGGGAGGCGUUUCAGAGUGUGGUGCUGCCUGCCUUUGAGAAGAGCUGUCAGUCCAUGUUCCAGCAGAUCAAUGACACCUUCAAGCAAGGCACGCAGGAAUAUAUACAGCAGCUGGAGACCCACAUGAAGAACAAGAAAGCUCGAGAGCAGGAAGCCCGGGACUCUCUGCUGGGCCAGCUCCGGCAGCAGGUCAGCGCCUUCCAGAGCACCACCGACCAGCUGGCGUCCACCAUUACGGCCAGUGUGCACUCCGAGGUGCAGCAUCAGCUCCAUGUCAUUGUGGGCAACAUGCAAGAGUCCAUCCUGGCCCAGGUACAGCGGGUGAUCAAGGGAGAGGUGAGCAUGGCCAUGAAGGAACAGCAGGCCGUUGUCACCUCCAGCAUCAUGCAGGCCAUGCGCUCGGCGGCUGGCACCCCCAUCCCUGCCACCCACCUCGACUUCCAGUCGCAGCAGGCGCAUGUGCUGCAGCUGUUGCAGCAGGGACAUCUGCACCAAGCCUUCCAGCAGGCACUCACAGCAGCCGAUUUGAACCUGGUCCUCUACGUCUGUGAAACAGUAGACCCUCAGCAAGUGUUUGGGCAGCACCCCUGCCCUCUGUCCCAGCCUGUCCUCCUGUCUCUCAUCCAGCAGCUUUCCUCAGACUUGGGAGCCCGGACGGAGCUGAAGUUGAACUACCUGGAGGAGGCCGUGAUGCACCUCGACCACAGCGACCCCAUCACCCGCGACCACAUGGGCUCAGUGAUGAACCAAGUGCGGCAGAAGCUCUUCCAGUUCCUGCAGGCGGAGCCUCACAACACCCUGAGCAAGCCCGCCCGCCGCCUCAUGAUCAUGCUCCAAGGCUUGGUCACUCCCAGCAUGUCCUAACCAGGCUUGGCCACUGGUGCCUCAUGGUGGCUUCUCCUUUCUGUUUUUUAAGCCCUUGCCAGGAAAAUUGUAUCCGCUCCCCGGUGUGUGGAUGGGGAGGGGGGGCUGCCAAGCCCACCGGCGUAGCCCCAUGUAAUCCAGAUCCACUUGUUUUGUGCAGACGGGCCCCAUCCCUGGCACACUCACCUUGCUGUCGGCCCGCUUUGUCCUUUGGGGCCGUUCCCCAAGCCUGCGGGAGGCGAAGGUCAGCAAACCUGUCCGUCGUGUCAGGGAGGGGGUUGGUUUCUGUGGCCAACUUAAGUGUAAAUGGUCGAAAGAACCUGCUAUAAAGGUGCAGACAGGUGGGAGGGGGCGGCAGCCAGCACAGCUGUGGCCCCCACUUGCACUGCUUAUGGGUGGGUGCGGGUGGUGGUCAGUAGAUGAGCCCCACCCCACCCCCUCUCGAGAAGCAGCGUUGGUUCUUUGUGUGGUGGAGCAUGUUAAUGGAUCGAACAUUUCCUUUAGUUUUUGCUUUUACACCACUUUUUUUUUUCUUUUUAUGUAGAAUAUUCCAUUUUUGAACGUUUAAGAGUUCAAUAAAUGAUUUUGGAGAAA